AUGGUGAUCCGGUACCGGUGGAUGGUGAUCUGGUACCCUGGGAUGGUGUCCCUAGCAACGGGUGGGCUGGAUGGUGAUCUGGUACCUAGCAACAAGCAGCUUGGUGAUCCGGUACCGAAAUACGACCUAGAAGUCAAACACAUCAACGGUCGUGACCUUCCAGUUGCGGAUACUUUGUCAAGAAAUUUCUUACUAGACACCGAUACAGAUUUAUGUCCAGACAUGGAUAUACAUGUACAUGUUGUUAUGUCCAAUUUCCCAGCCAGUGAUCAUAAAAUGAGACAGAUCAGAGAUGUUACUGAGACAGACCCACAGUCACGUACCCUAAAACAAACAAUUAUUGAAGAAGAGCUUGGUUACACCUACGUAUCUAUCUGGGAGUCUGAAUUUGAAAAAGAAUUAAAAGAAAACAAUGCAAUGAGGACAUUUAUAGAACAGCUUGAUAUGGUAUCACCCUUACAACCUAGAGAAGCUUUUUUCGGGGGUCGAACAGAAGCAUUUACACUUUACAAAGAAGCAAAUGAUGAAGAAACUAUCGACUAUUAUGAUGUAACAUCCCUCUACCCUUUUAUCAGUAAGACAGGAAAAAUUCCACUGGUUCACCCGAGAAUAAUUACAGAAAAUUUCGCGGAGAUUGACAAAUAUGAAGGGUUAAUGAAGUGUAAAGUUAUCCCACCGAGAGACUUAUUUAUACCUGUCCUGCCUUGUAAAAUGAACGGAAAGUUGCUAUUCUCUUUGUGCAAAAUAUGCGCCGAAUCGUAUCAACAGACUAAAUGUCUGCAAACGAACGAAGAAAGAGCUUUUAUAGGUACCUGGGUAACAGACGAAGUUAAAAAGGCCAUUGAUAAGGGAUACACUUUGGAUUGCAUUUAUGAAGUCUGGCAUUUCGAAAACAUCUCUCAAUAUGAUCCUGUUGCUAAAGAAGGGGGUCUCUUCACUGAAUAUGUAAACACAUUUCUUAAAAUCAAACAGGAGAAAAGUGGUUGGCCAAAAUGGUGUAAGACGGAAGAGCAAAAACAAACGUAUAUUGAUCAAUAUUAUGAAAAAGAGGGGAUCCUACUUGAUUAUAGUAAUAUAGAGAAAAACCCGGGAAUGCGCGCUUUAGCUAAACUUAUGCUCAAUUCUUUCUGGGGAAAAUUUGGUCAGAAAUUAAACAAAAAUCAAGUGGAGUUCAUUGAUGAACCAGCCCUAUACUUUGAAAAACUAACAAGUGAUAGAGAAGAAGUAACGGCUGUAAACUUUGUGUCUUAUGAAAUGGUAGAGAUUCGUUGGAAAUAUAAGGCUGAAUUUGUAGAGCCCACUGGGAAAACCAACGUGGUCAUGGCAGCCUAUACAACAGCUCAAGCUAGACUCAAAUUAUACUCUUACUUAGAAAAGCUAGGACCCCGAGCGUUGUACGCGGAUACCGAUUCGUCAAAAGUAGGAGAGUGGAUGCCUUCCUUAGGCGAUUAUUUAGGUGAUCUUACGGAUGAAAUACAAGGAAACCAUAUCAAAACAUUUGUGGCUAGUGGACCAAAAAGUUAUGGGUAUCAAUUACAAAAUCCUGAUGAGUCUGGUGAAUUAAAGAUUGAAAAUGAGACGGAACGUCUAGUCUAA